ACAUGUUGGGGAAAAAAAAAGAAAAAAGACGAAUGGAAAAAAUUGUAAUCCACGGAACGACCAUUGCAUAGUUAUUUAACGAUACGAAGUGGUAACAAUGAGCUCACAGCAGUUCCCCCGACACGGGCUGCCUGCCUCCAGCGGGGGAGCCCCUCAGAUUGCGGCCGCUGCAAACCUGGUGCCUGUCAACCAGCCGUCAAACGCUGGAGAUGGAGAGAGCAUUCGGGAUGCAGAUCAUGCUCAGCAGGACCACCCUCCUUCCACGGGUGGGGCCACUUUAGCUUUCAGAGAUGACAAGCAGGAGACCAUGGUGGUCAGACCUUACCCACAAGUCCAGGCACACGGUCAGCCACAGGCUGCUCCUCAAACGGUGUCCAUCCAACCAGGACCGCCCGUGACUGUCCCUGCCCCCACUGUCCACCUCCCACAGGGCCAGCCUGCUGUCCUCACCGAGGGACAAAUGAAGGCUGUCCUGAAAUCACCGAUGCCAAGUCGUCUCAUUGCUCCAGCACCAGCUUCCAACCAGGCUCAUAUCCCUAAAGUGGCGAGUCACAUUACAAUGACUAUAGAGAGCACGAUGCCCACCACCCCAACCAUCCCUGUGGCCACCAUCAGUGGGCAGCAGGGUCACUCCAGCAACUUACAUCACCUUAUGCCAGCUAACAUUCACAUCAUUAGGGGCCAAAUUAGUGCUCCCGCCGUCCCUCCACAGACAUUUACUUCUCAUUUGCCUCGAGGGGCCGUCGCAGCAGCUGCCAUGUCCAGCUCCAAAACGGUCCUGCGGCCAGCCACUGGAGUGAGCGCAGGCCCCGGCCCGCCCCCAGUGCAGCACAUAAUUCACCAGACCAUCCAGUCCCGCCCUGCUGUAACAACCUCUACUGCUGUGCUUCCAACCGUGGUGGCCCCCAUAUCAGCAACCAGGACUCAGUCCCCUGUUAUCAACCCGACAGUUACUCACUCUGAGGUCACGCAUGGGCGUCCAGCUCUUACCAUUCACCCCCCUCCUGCUACUGUCAGUAUUCAGAGGCCUCAGGCUCCCCGUGACACGGCCACACGGAUCACCCUGCCWUCACACCCUGCCAUUGGUGUUCAGAAAGCCCAGACCUCACACCCAAUGGCACAGAAAUCCUUGUUCAGUACUGUGACUCCUGCUGCAACUGUGGCACCGAUUGUUGCCACGAACACGGUGCCAUCGACAACUACAAUCGGCACUGUGCCUCAUACCCAAAUCACCGGUAGCAAUAUUGUCACCAUGACGAUGGCGUCACACUCCUCCCAUGCUACGGCUGUGACCACCUCCGCCAUCCCUGUUGCUAAAGUGGUCCCGCAGCCCAUCGCCAACUCUUCGUCUCGUGGUCAGCCGGACUACCCGGCAGAAAGACCCAACCUCAUCCCCAUCCCAGGCCACAGGUCCUCCCCUAACCCCGUUGCCAUGGAAACCAGGAGUGACAAUAGGCCUCCUGUACCAGUUCAGUUUCAGUAUUUCCUGCCUGCGUACUCCCCCUCAUACCCUCUGACGCAAACCUACCCCCCCAGCUCUGUCUCCACCAUCCGCCAGUAUCCAGUCACCCCACAAGCUCCAAGUUCAGCACUGUCCACUCAGGCUGGAGUGGGCGUGGCCACCACGGUCCACCUUAACCACAUGCAGCUGAUGGCUGUGGACCGGCUUAAUCUCCCCUCUGCACAAAUCAGCACCCAGGGGAUCCAGCAGGCACCUAUCACAGCACAGGGCAUACAGCCUGCACAGAUCGGAGUCCAGGGUCUGCACACGUCUGCAUCCAUCACCACACAAGGAAUACAGCAGGCUUCUGCCACGCAGCAGCAGUCUGAAGCCAAACCAGUUGUGUCCGUAAGAACCUGAUCCCCGCUCAACCGAGCGAGUCCACCAGUGGAAGGAUCGAAAGCAGUGUGAGAGGAUCAGGAUCUCCUCGACCUGCAGGAGUAAAACCCAAAGCGGAGGUGCACAUGGCGGUGGCCCCUCCCGUCAUGGCUGCUGUCGAAGCGUUGCCAGCUCAGGGAGGGGAGCAGCAGGCAGUGGCCUCCAACCCCCAGCACCUGGCCCAGGCCAUCCCCACCAUGCUGGCCACACCUGGUCCCGUGCCUCCCUCUCAGCCCUCCACCGUUCUCUCCUCUCUGCCAGCAGCCAUGGCGGUGACCCCCCCUGUCCCCGCCUCGAUGGCCAACACCGUGGCCUCGCCCACCCAGCCUGCAGCCAGCAGCACUGCUGCGUGCGCUGCCAGCUCCACCUGCCCCGACGUCAAAAUCAAGCAGGAAGUCGAGUCCAUGGACAGCUCGCAGCCAGACACCAGUGUGAGCAUAUCAUCAGCACCUGGGCUCACCUCACAGCCCAACACACUGAGCGCUCCCGCCACAGGAGACCUGAUCCCUGGGGCCUCCCCGAGGAAGAAACCCCGCAAACAGCAGCACGUCAUUUCAACCGAGGAGAACGAGAUGAUGGAGACCAACAGCACAGAUGAGGAGAAGGCCCCAGGCAGACCCAUCAGCAGCAGGGCGGAGCGACGSGAGUCUCCUCCCAGGGAAUACGUUGAUGAAGAAGGUGUUCGAUACGUGCCGGUCAGGCCUCGUCCACCCAUCACACUUCUGCGACACUACAGGAACCCCUGGAAGGCUGCCUACCAUCACUUUCAGAGGUACAGCGACAUCCGGGUCAAAGAGGAAAAGAAGUGCUCCUUACAGGAUAUGGCCAAUCAGAAAGGAGUAGCAUGCAGAGCUCAAGGCUGGAAAAUUCACCUGUGYGCUGCUCAGCUCCGACAGCUGUCGAGUUUGGAGCAUGAUGUCUACAGCCGCCUCUCCACCCUCCAAGAAGGCCUUAUUCCCAAGAAGAGGGCCGGUGCUGACGACGACCUCCACAGAAUCAACGAGCUCAUACAGGGUAACAUGCAGCGCUGCAAGCUGGUGAUGGACCAGGUGACCGAGGCCAGGGACACCAUGAUGAAAGUUCUGGACCACAAGGACAAAGUGCUGAAGCUGCUCAACAAGAACGGCGCCGUCAAAAAGUCCUCCAAACUGAAGCGCAAAGAGCGGGCGUGAGCGCGAGGCUCCGCCCCCGCCGCCGUCCCCGCCCCCUCAGCCCGGGAGGAGGAGCUGCUGUGAACCUUGGUGCUAUGAUUUGCUGCAUACAAUCACACGCACCCUUCUUAACUGCCUCAGAGCGGACCGAGAGGAGCCACAGGAGUGGUCUCAUCAGAAACUGAACCACGUUUCCUCCCUUUCUUUAAGAACCAGAGGCCAUUUUUAUCCACCUCGUUUCCUCCUCCUCUCCUCCUCCGACCGUUUGAAGGUGCAUCUGUGACGACGCAGGUGUAAGAAAUCUGACGGUCUGAGAUUAUUUUGUGUUAAUGUGAACGACCUGAGAGACGCAGAGUUUAGGAAAUUGUUUUUUUUAAAGCAGCUGUGUAAACAGACUAACUUCAGUUGUGCUCUUUUCAUCAGUUUGUGCCUUCAUUUCGUCCGUGCACAACAUGUGUGUAAGCUAUGUUAAAGUAAACAGAGACGUUUCAUUUAUUUCUAUUUAAUUUUUUAUCCUGAGCAGUUUUUAGUUGAUCCAGAUCUGGGUUCCCCGUUCAUCGACCACUCGUUUAGGUUUAAUCUAAAGAGCAAAACAACAGAUUGUGGCAUGUUUGAAUUUGAUUUAAUGUAGAGGAAAGUAACUAGUGUCCUUAGUUCUGAAGGUUUUUAUAUUGACCAGAUAAAUAAAUGUUACAACAGCGAUGACCUCAUUUAAUUUGGCCUCAUCAGGAGGAGGAGGAGGAGUGUGGGAGCUGGGAGGAAGAGAGCAGACUGAAUUCAUGUAAAUCUGUAAAUGUGUUUUUUUGUGUGUUCCAUUAACUCAGUUCUUUUGAAGUUUUUGUACUCRAUGCAACAGUUUUUUKUUKUKUUUUUUUUUGCCGUGUGACGCUUCAUGCUGCAGAGUAACGAAUCCAGCGUCUCGAUGUGAAGCGGGCCUGAAAACAUUUACUUAUUGUACAUUGUUUCUGUCUGUGUAAUUAUAGUAAAGAUACUUAAAAAUGA